CCCGGCUGGCGAGGGGGAGCCCGGCGACCAGGUGUGACCCAACCCCGCCGCACCCACCGGCCGCGCCGGCUUAUAAGCGGCGCCGCGGGACGGGACGCGCUGGGAGGGGGCUGCGCCGGGCAGAGCCGCUCCGGGCAGGAACAGCCCACAACUUCAUCUGAUGUAGCUGUGAAGCAUCUAAACUAGAAACUCCUACUUCAAGGGGCACCCAAGGAAAUGAGGUUUUCAGCUGGGCCAUCACAGCAAGAGCUGCUCCCACGGGGUGGAAGCUGGGAUCUGUGUGAGACACCUAGAAGGGCUGCGUGACUAAGGACAACUGGUCAGGACCCACCCUGCCGGGGAAGUCACCAAUGGACUGUGGACACUUAGCUGAGAGCAGCGAGGAGAUCUCCGGCCCGGGCACAGAGCCCGAUUCCCUGCUGCCUUCUGCUGCCGGCAGCAAUUCCUGCCCGCCCUCGGCAGCGGGGCAGCGGGCUGGGGCACCUCCGGGCAGACCUGCCGCUGCUAACGCCGCUCGAGAGCGCAGCCGUGUUCAAACCCUGCGCCAUGCCUUCCUCGAGCUGCAGAAGACUCUCCCCUCCGUGCCGCCCGACACCAAGCUCUCCAAGCUGGAUGUACUCCUCCUGGCCACCACCUACAUCGCACACCUCACCCGCAGCCUUCAGGAUGAGGAAGAGUCACCAGGAGAGGGCUUGGGUACCCUCCGAGGGGAUGGAUACCUCCACCCUGUCAAGAAGUGGCCAAUGCGUUCCAGGCUAUACAUUGGAGCUACGGGACAGUUUUUGACUCACUCAGCACAAGGAGACAGCGCAAACCAAGGAGAAACAUCAACAACUUCACAAAUCUAAUUUCCCUUCUCGCUUUGAAAAAAAUGUUAUUUAUUACACCUUAUAUAUAUUUAAGUUAAAAAAGAAUAUCUACAGCCAAAUAUAAUUCCUGAAAUACUGUUUGUAGAAGAGAAGGAAUUGAUUCUUAAGCGUAAUUAGUACCUCAUUAACUUAAAUGUGAUGCAUGAUUGGUUUCUAGCAUAGAGGACAUUGCUGGGAUCUGAGCUGGGGGAUUAGGAGAAGACGACUGUGGUCAGCACCAAGAGGAGGGCAGCCAGAAAGGCAGAACAGGUAACCUCAUCGCCCACGGGAGCGGCGGCGGAUGGGUACGCUGUGGGAAAGGGGGGAGAAGGAGCGACGCAGGCUUGGCUGAAAAGCAAAGGGCAAGUCUCAAGCCAGCAGUGGAAAUACCGCAUGCGCUUUCUGUGCUGCCGGAAGCUGACAGAAGAAAUCCCAAUGACUGCAGAUGUUGGGUCAGGGCUUUGGCCUGCGGAUAAUCUUAAAUGUGUGUAGUUAUUCUUGAAAACGUGGAUGCAUGUUCACCUCGAGUAAAAACAUGCUGAGAUCUAUCCUGUGUACGCCCAGCGCUACGUACCCCAGACACAAACUGCUCUGUACGUUAAGUAUUGCUUGUAUUGAUCCAUAUGAUUGUGUUGCAUGUUACGGGGUUUAAAAUGUGUUGAAGUGUUACCCCAGUACAACUACUUGCCUGCUCAAGACAUCGGGGUUCUUUUAUCCUCGGGUUCAUGCAUUCAAGCAA